AUGGAUCAAGAUAUGGUUCAAAGUUUAAGUGGAAUAGGUCAGCAAUUUGAAGUCAACUGUCAACUUGAUAAUUCUGAUAAUGAAGAAGAAGAAUUAAUUUUGCACAACAGAAAAUCUAAAGAAGAAUGUGAAUAUGAAUAUAAAACUCUUUUUCUUGGUGGUUUAAUUGAAAAGAUUACCAAAAAAAGUUAUGCAAAGAUAAGAAAUGAUGAUUUACAAGUUCAGGAGGGAAUGGAAAAUUUCUAUUUUGAUAAUUUGAUUGAAAUUAAAGCUGUUUCGAAUGGAAAGGUUAAAGUUGAUUCGAAUAAUUUCAAGAAGAGAGAUGAAAUUGAUAACUUUAUUCCUCCUGAGAGAGUUAAUGUGGAAAAUGUUGAUAUGGUGAAAUGGGAAGAUGAAAUUGUUUGGGAAGAUGAUAGUAGAGUUGAAAUUGGUAAACAAAGUUAUUCGAUACUAGAAGAAUUAUCAGUAAUUGGUUAUGAACAUAAUUCUGGUAAUUGGGGAAUGAUUCAUGUUUCGUCUGAGGAGGAAGCAAUUAUUCCUUUGCCUAAAUCAAUAACAAUUACUACUGUACCUUUAUCCAAUUCCAUUCUAGAAGAAACUCCUUUCCUAUCCGAAACCUCUCUGAAAAAGAAGAGAAAAUACCGAAAGAAAAAGAAAUUCGACUCUCCUCAAGAAAAUGUUCAAGUUUCUCCAAACAAAUUGAUAGAUAAAUCUAAUUUAAAAGAAGAAAAUCUUCAAUUCCUUAAUACUGAUCUACUCAAUUGUGAUUGGUUGGACGAAAUUUAUUGGGAUGAUAAUCAACCGAAACCAAACGAAGAAAAACUAAUUCUUGACCUGAAUGAUAAAUCAAUGAUUUAUGAUAUUGAUUUAGAAAUCAAAGAUAAUGAUGAAAUUUCAGUUGAAUUUCUUUAUCAAUCUUCUUGUAAUCAAGUUUCGAAUAGAAAUGAAAUAAUUCCAAAGAAGUAUCAUGUUCAACAUUCGAAACCGGCCAUAGAGUUAGAUUCCAAAUAUUAUAACCUCUUCCCUAAAGGAAAGGAAGUUAGUCAAAAGAAAUUGUCACAUUUCAAGAAGAACGAAUCUAUCCGCUUGAAUUAUUCGAAACCAAAAAGAAAGAUUAAAUCGAUUCAAUCAAGAAUGGAUUUAUCUGCUGUUGAUAAUCAACUUGUUUUAAUGGAAUUUUUGGAAAGAUCCCCUUCACUCAUUAACAAAUUUGGAAUGGCAACAAAUAUUGUAAACUAUUGUAAGAAACCAGAAACAUUUCAACCAAUUCCAAUUAACAAAAAUGGAAUAACUAUAAUGGUUGAUAAUGAGGAUGAGAUACCAUUGUUGACUAAUCUAGAAUCUAAUGAUAAAAUAAUUACUGCACAAAAUAACAUGUACUCGUCACAAAUUUAUGAACAAAAAGUUAAGAAUUCUGAUUUCCUUUUAUGUCAAAGAACAACCACAGAUGGUAGAAGCACAUGGUUUAUAAGAGAAAUACCGAAUGAAUAUCUAGUUGGACAUAUUCAGCCUCAAAUUGAAGUUUAUCCUCCAAGAACUCGUUCACUAGAUUCCUACAUUAAUAAUGCACUCUCUUACCAUAUAUGUAAAUUCUUUAAGGAUAAAAUUAGAAAUGGAAAGAAGGCAAAAAUAAGUGUAAAGGAUAUAACUUCAAAGUUUGAUGAUAUUCCUCGUCAAACUAUUAGAGAAAAACUCAAAGAAUUUGCCACUUUGGACAGAAAAGGAAAUGUUUGGGUUGCAAUUAAAGAAAAAUUGCCAACCGAUGAAGAAUUACAAAGAUUAGUGACACCUGAAAUGAUUUGUGUGAAUGAAUCAAUGAUAUUAGGAGACUACAAGUUUAAUAGACAACAUAUUGAUGACAGAUCUGACAUGGUUGCUUAUGAGCUGUCAUAUGCCAAAUUAGAAGACAAGUAUCGUAAAUUAAUUAAUGCAAUUCAGAGAAUUAAAAAUAAUUUACCUUGGGAACAGACAAGCAAUUUCCAACUUUGCUUUAAGAGUAAUAAGGAAAAUGUCAAAUUAGAAUUAUUAGAGCUAGUUCAGCAGAAUGUGAAAAAUGUUGAGUUGUUUGUGAGUGAAAUUAACAAACAAAUUGAAAUGGAAGCUGAAGAAAUUCUUCCAUCUUUGACUGAUUCACAAGCAAGAAAGAUUCUAAUCGAUUCCAAACUAUUCCAAGACGAAACUAUUAGUAAUAUGAGCAGAUCUGAAAGAAAGUUCCAAGCCAGAACGUUGUUGAAACAAAGUGAAGAAUAUUCGAAAGUAGAUUCAGAAUUAGAUAAAAGAUCAGCCAAAACACUUGCCAGGAUUAAUGUUUUCAAAGAUGCCCUUCGAGAUGUUUAUUGGAAAGAAUCAAUCAAACUUUCGAAUGGAUUAAACUUUUAUGAAACAUCUGAAAAAGAAGUUCAAGAGCUAAUCUUGAAAAAGAAAGGUCAUCGCACUAACAAUGCUAUAAAUGCAGAUAUCGCAAGUAAUGAUUCAUUGUCAACCCAUUCAAGAAGUGAAAUAUUGGAUGAGAAUCCAAUAGAAGAAAAUGGAAAUAAGAAGAAAAGAGGACGAAAGAAGAAGAUUUCACUCAAUAAUCAAUAUGUUAAAAAGACAACCACUUUAGAUGACAAGACAACUCGAGUUGAAUAUAUUCAUAAUCCUGUCAGAGUAAAUUAUUAUCAACAAGUUCAGAAGAGUAAGAGAAGAUCAAAACAUUUGAUUGGAGCUCAAGAUUGUGAAAUUCUCUCAGUUGGACCAAGAGAAAGAGCAAGAUUACAAGCACUUUCAAAGGAAUUCAAGAAGAAUUUCAAUUCCACUGCUGAUAAGGAAGAAGCCAUUGAAAGACUUUUUAGAAAAUCAGAGAAAAUCAACACUUCAAUCAAGAAUGCUUCUUCUUCUUCUUCCUCUAAUUCAUCAAAAAACAAGAGAAAAUCACAAGAUGACAACAAUCAUAAUAGGAAACAAUCAACCAGUAUUCGUCAACCAAGAAAGAAAACUAAAAUCCAUUAA